AAACAAUCGAUAAAAUUCUCUCUGUAUCGCGUUGAGUGUGAGUGACGACGAGGACGAGGACGCUCCGUUUUGCAGAUUCUCUCAUCCCGUAUUUCGAUUCUUCUUCGAUUGACGGUGCAAUGGUUUACGUAACAUCGUGGGACGAAUUCGUCGAGCGAACCGUGCAGUUGUUCCGUGCCAGUCCUGAAUCUACGCGGUAUUGCAUGAAGUACCGGCAUUGCGAUGGAAAAUUGGUUUUGAAGGUUACUGAUAACAAAGAGUGCCUUAAGUUCAAGACAGAUCAAGCACAGGAGGCCAAGAAGAUGGAGAAACUGAACAAUAUAUUCUUUACCUUGAUGGCUCGGGGACCUGAUGUGGACAUGUCAGAAAUUACAGGGAAAGAACAGAUCGAAGCCCAACCAGCAAAGAAGGGAAGGGGAAGAAAACAGUAGCUGGAUUUUCUGCUUAACACAUGGGGUUCUUAAACAAGUACUAUAGGACCCUCUGGAUUUUAGAGAGAAACCGUGACUUUUUAUGAAUUGAAAAUGCUGAGAUUGUCAAAAUUUUCCUGGAAAAUUUAUCAUGUUUUCUGGAUUCCAUUGAAUGAAGAGAUUCACUUUCUGUA